AUGGAUAAUCGGAUGUUUACCCGAAGGACCCAUUUACGCCGCCACCCUGACGCACCUUCUCCGCCACGGCGGGCCUUCCUUUUUGACAACCAGGGUCCACGUCACCGCCCUCGACGACCGCAUAAAUGUCGACUCCCUCUUCACCACGACGUCUUCAUCGGCCUCUCCCUCACAACGCUCGGCCAGAACAACCUCGAAAACCACUCCUCCUGUGAUGCCGGUGUCAACGUGGCCCGAAAACUCCUAAGAUGCUGGCCUCCACCGUGGGUUCUGUCGUUGGUUGCUGGUUCCUCAUGUUGUCCAUGGUGA